AUGAUAGAAGAAUGGGAAACUUGGAUUGGUGAUAUCAAUACUGGAGAUCAAUACCUCAACCCAACAGAAGGAAUUCAUCCUGUUGAUAGCGGUGGAGAAGAAGGGGAUGAUUCAAGUAAUAAAGAAGCGUUCAGCAAAAAUCUGAAUGAAGAAGUAAUGGAUGAAGACACGGCUGCAUACCUGACCGGGGUGGAUUCACAACCGCUAGAAGACUCAUUCCCAGAUGAAGAUUUGGCAUAUGUGGAGGAAGAAGACUGUGAAGACUGGUGGCAAUUAUACUUUGAUGGUCAAGCCAAUCAAAGAGGAUAUGGGGUAGGAAUAUUGUUGAUAACCCCAGAUGAUCUCUAUCUACCAUCUGCAUUUCGGCUAGAUUUCCCCUACACCAACAACAUUACAGAGUAUGAAGCAUGUGCAAUUGGUCUCAAAGCCGCCAUGGCAUUAGAGAUCAAGAAGCUGAGAGUUUACGGGGAUUCAUCAAUCGUGAUUUGUCAAACUCAAGGAAAGUGGAAGAUAAGGGAUGAAAAGCUAAAAACUUACCAAGAACAUUUGGAGAACUUGAUCAAAAGCUUCAAUGAAAUCACCUUUGAAUAUUUUCUGAGAGACAGUAACAGAUUCGUCAACGCCCUAGCUACCUUGGCUUCAAUGGUUGAAUGUACUCCAGAUACUCAAGCCCGCCCAUUCUUGGUAGUUAGAAAGCAUGGACCAACAUAUGAACAGUCAGCAAAUGUUCUGACAACUGAUGGGAGGACGUGGUCUGCACCCAUCAUUGACUUCAUUAGAGAAAGGAAAUAUAUCCUCCAAAUUCCGUAG